AUGCCGCAGAACGAGUAUAUGGAGCAACACCGCAAGCGCUUCGGCGAGCGCCUGGACACCGCUGAGCGCAAGCGCAAGAAAGCAGCACGUAUGCCCCACGAACGAUCAAAGACAGCGCGUAAACUGCGGGGAAUAAAAGCAAAGCUAUUCAACAGGAGGCGCUUCGUCGAAAAAGCACAGAUGAAAAAAACCAUAAAACAACAUGAGGAGAAGGAAGGCAAGCAAAAGGAGCCGGAAACUGUGCCUGAGGGGGCAGUGCCCUCGUAUUUGUUGGACAGAGAAGGUGUUUCGAGAACUAAAAUCCUAACAAAUAUGAUUAAACAAAAGAGAAAAGAAAAGGCCGGGAAGUGGCAGGUGCCCAUCCCCAAGGUCAAGGCCAUGACAGAGGAAGAAAUGUUUAAAGUACUCAGAUCGGGCAAGAGGAAGAAGAAGAUGUGGAAGCGCGUGGUAAACAAGGUGUGUUUCGUGGGAGACGACUUCACGCGGAAACCGCCGAAGUUUGAGCGAUAUAUUCGCCCAACGAGUUUACGAUUCAAAAAGGCGCAUGUGACGCAUCCGGAACUGAAGGCGACAUUUCAAUUAGAUAUCGUAAAGGUCAAGAAAAACCCGCAGUCUCAGCUCUACACAUCCCUGGGAGUUAUCACCAAAGGUACCAUCAUAGAGGUUAACGUCAGCGAGUUGGGAUUGGUGACGCAGACCGGGAAAGUGGUUUGGGCGAAGUAUGCACAAGUCACUAACAACCCCGAGCUAGACGGUUGCAUCAAUGCGGUGCUUUUGGUUUGA